AUGAUCGUUGAGGCUAUGAGGAAGUUUACUCUAGCAAGUGGAUCGUUGUGGUCUGAUGAGCUGAUCCUUGCCCAGGUUAAAUGGUUGAUUAAUCAUUCUGAGAUUGGUGAGAGUGGAAUCUGUCCGGCACUGCUCUUUUAUGGUCGUGUGCUUCCUGUUCCUUGUAUGAGGGGCGUUGAUGAUGACAUCACGAUCGAGCAGCCACAGUCUUUAUGUGAUCUCCUUAAGAUUGUCGGUCGGGUUGGUAGUCAGCGGCAGAAGAUGUUGGCUAUGUUUCUUAAUGAAUGGCUUGAUCAACGAGAACGGUCUCGUCCGACUAUUCGAUACGAGUCGAACUUGAAGCCUGGUGUAUUGGUUUAUGUCUUCACAGAACGUGUGAAUAAGCUUUCUCCUACGUUCCGUGGUCCUUUUCCAGUGCUUUCAGUUCGUGGUCGUCAUGUUUUGGUUACUACUUCUUCUGGUGUUGAGAUGCACUGGCUUGGUAACGUUAAACGUUAUAAGACUCUUGACCCAGAUGGACGUCGCCAAGCAGCAGUAGCUUCUGAAGAACGUACUCAACAAGCUUUACGAGAAGAGAAUCGAGUUAAGGAUGUUUUGCCU